AGAGACAAACACACACACACACAAACACACACAGAAACAAACACGCACACUUACAGUGGAAGGCGCACAGACACCGUUUCGUAACUUCGGGAAGUUUUGCGGAGCCAUCGAUCACUGGAACGUCUAGUUUUCUAUUUUUCUAUUUUUUUAAUUUUUUUUUUGGUCUUUUUUUUUUUUUUGCGGAGACUCAUGUCAGUGACACAGUCCGGCUCUCAUCGUCUCCUGCGUCACUUUUUCUGCGGAGUUGCCUUAUUGACUUAUUUCCCGAGGACCUUCUGCCGAUCAGCAAGGCAGCUUUGAAACACUUCCAGGAAUAGACUGUGUACUUCAUCUGAGAAGAGCCUGGCCUGUGCAGCCAUGCUGAUGUAUGAUUAUCCUCUGAAAACAGACAUGGAGACGUCAUUCUACUCACCGUAUUCAGACGUACAGACGUACAGAGUCAUCCUCUCCCCGCCCACUCACCUCUACCACCGCACACACAUGCCUGCCUUCUCCCAGCCCCAUACCUCCACCAACCCCACGCACACCCAGCUGGAGCCUGUGGACCUGUCACUCAGCAAACGCUCCUCCUCCACCUCUUCCUCCUCAUCGCCUCCCUGCUCAUCCGCCUCCUCCCCGGCGUCCUCGCACAGCUCCCCGCCUUCUCCCUACAGCUCAGCGAGCCGCGCCUCCCCCCGCUGCUCCCCCCAGCAGUCCCACCUCCGCUCCUCACCCUCCCACGCUCUACCGCCGCCCACUCCCACCUUAUCUUACCCUACCAUGGUGGCUCCGGCGAUUGGUUCUGGCACAGGGGUCAUCCAGUCAUCAGGGGUCAUGGUGUCACCGGUUAUCGUGCCUCUGUCUGUCCUCUACCCCUCCCCUCUCCACUUGCACCAGCCGAUAAUGGUGAGCCCACCCCUCGCUAGCGAUGACGACCAUCAUCGAAGCAGAGAGCACAAGACAGCUCCCUCUAUGAAGCCCUUGGAGCUGCGCGGCGACGCCCAUGACUUGCAUAAGCCAAUCAAAGUGGAGCCUCGCCCUGAGAUCAGUCAUGACCCCCACAUCAGCCACGAGAUGAAGUCAUCAGCCGUCAGGAUACAGUACGAAUACGAGGGGAACAAUCCGUCAGUAAUAGUUCAUUCUGGCACAAAACAUCCCCUCCCAGCUGAUUCUCCCGACUCGCUGAAAAAGCGGCGAAUUCACCGCUGUGACUUCACAGGCUGCAAUAAAGUGUACACCAAGAGCUCCCACCUUAAAGCACACCGCAGGACACAUACCGGUGAGAAGCCCUACAAGUGCAUGUGGGAAGGCUGCACAUGGAAAUUUGCCCGUUCAGACGAGCUGACGAGACACUUCCGCAAGCACACAGGAGUCAAACCGUUCCAGUGUCCUGACUGUGAGCGCAGCUUCUCCCGUUCUGACCACCUGGCUUUGCACAAGAAACGCCACCUCUUGGUGUGAAACGUUUCAUGGGGCCGUGGGCAACUUGGAAGAAAAACUCUCUGUGCUGGUUUCAAGUUGGACUGCACCACUUUGAUAUGAUUUGGGGGGGGGGUUAAAAGCUCGCCUUAACAUUGGACUCUGGCAGGGCGACGGGGAAAUGUUCCUCAGGGUGCAAGUUUAAACUCUUUCACCUCAGCAUGAAUUUGAGCAGGUACCAGCCUGCUGAUCAUUUAGCCAACAAAUCCUCUCUGCAGAUUUAUCAUCAGCACAUCUUAACACAUUGUUUUUAAAAUGGGGGUGUUGUAGCAUAUCAGCUGUGGAGGGUCCCAGACACUUUUGAGAGGGGUUGCAGCAUAUCAGCUGGCCUGAAAGUGCUGCCCUCUUAUGGCCGCAGAACCAAACCGCAUCAAUACCUUCUCUUACAGCUCCACAGCAAAGAAACUUUACAAAAUACACAGCGUGCCUAAGCUUCUUUUGCAACACCAGCUCUCUGCUUUACAUGUAGUUAAGAUUGCAGACACACAAACAUGGUAUUUUCUAGCUAAGACAUUAUAAUGUGAAACUUCCUAGUUUUCCCUCCCAGGAGGCUCUUCAGAAUGUAUCAUAUCACACUUACUGUGCACUGUGUCAUAAAUGCUAAAGCUUUUUUUUAUUCAGCAGUGCAGCUACCUGUGACAAAAUGCUAACGCUAACUCCUACUUCAUGGACCGCCACAUUAAAACACCACACACCACAUCUGCCUCUACAAGCUUACAUCAUGAAGUGACUUUAAAAGACAGGUAGCCAAUGCUCGCUUUCUCUUGAACACAUCUGACAGUGCACACAGCGGAACAUAUGCACUUAAUAAAAGCAGCUAGGUCUUGGUUUUGUGUGCUUUUGGUAUUUGGGUUGAAAAGCGGGAUGCUGGGUCUCGUUCAUUGUCAGAUUGAAGUGUUUUUAUGUUUUCAUUCAUAAAUGUGAAAGUUGAACUUCUGCACAGGGGCAUUAUUGUUGUAGUGAGGAAAAGACACCACUCGGUUGGUUUAAGGGUAGAAGCAAUGAAAUGUCUUGUGUCUUACCGUUGUCAUAUAUCAAGUUUAUAUAUCUAUGAUAUGACCUAUGUUUCGAUUUGUGAUGUGACACUUUGGUAGCCUUUUUACUAUAUGACACUUUUAUGUGGGGGAAAAAACACAAAGCAGGGAAAAGUUGCUCUUAAUUUUUAUUUUUCAUGAGCAGAGUUUUUUGUUAUCCCUCCUUAAAGAUAAUGACAUUUAAUUCACCAGUGCUCUACAUCUAAAUAUGGCCAUAUUAUUUCAAAUAAUCCUCUCCUACACAAUAAUUUUAUGCCAUUAUUAUGCUUUGGCAGAUACAGUAUAUGGCAUAAGUUUUAGAGCACUCUGUUUUUACAGCUUCCAGAGAACAAAAUAUUUUUGUUAAUAGCGUCUUUGUACAUGUCUCCAAUGUGCACUUUAUAUUAAAGACAUUCCCAAAGCCAAACAUUUAUUGGUCACAUCCAUUCUUAUUUGAUAGAUCUGAUGGUCAACACGAUCAGGAACAUUCAACAGGUAUAUUAAUCUUCCAUUUACUAAUAAUCUAAUUAAAAACAAACACAGACCUACACCGAAUGUAGUGGCUCACAUGAUCUGUACUUUCUCCUGGAUAUUCCUUACAGUUUUUGCUUGUAUAUGUUUUGUAUCUCUGCAAAUUUAAGUUUGUAAUAUAUAUAUAUAUAUAUAUAUAUAUAUAUAUAUAUAUAUAUAUAUAAUUGAUUAUUAGACUGAAAGGGCAAUUAAAGGUUUUUAUUAAGCAUGGUUUUGAUACCCUCAUAAUAAUGAUAUUAUACAUUUCUAUAAUGUGUGUAUUGUAAACCCUAUCUCUUUUAAUCUAAGUUGGCAAUUCAAAGGGAACAUGUUAAACUGUGAACAUAUACUGUACAGGUCUAUCUGCAGUUUUACAUUUAUUUUAAAACAGAAUAUUCAUACCACUUAAUAAAGUUAUUGAUAAUA